GGAGUCUAGACUGGGAAAUGGGGGCGGGGCCUAGGAGAUCCCGGCCUCAGGGUGGUGGACGCAGUUGUUCUGCGCUGAGGCCCUCGUCAUGGUGGCGCCCAUGUGGUACUUGGUAGCAGCGGCUCUGCUAGUCGGCUUUAUCCUCUUCCUGACUUGCAGCCGGGGCCGGGCGGCAUCAGCCGGCCAAGAGCCACUGCACAAUGAGGAGCUGGCAGGAGCAGGCCGGGUGGCCCAGCCUGGGCCCCUGGAGCCUGAGGAGCCGAGAGCUGGAGGCAGGCCUCGGCGCCGGAGGGACCUGGGCAGCCGCCUACAGGCCCAGCGUCGAGCCCAGCGGGUGGCCUGGGCAGAAGCAGAUGAGAAUGAGGAGGAAGCUGUCAUCCUAGCCCAGGAGGAGGAAGGCGUCGAGAAGCCAGCGGAAACUCACCUGUCAGGAAAAAUUGGAGCUAAGAAACUGCGGAAGCUGGAGGAGAAACAAGCACGAAAGGCCCAGCGUGAGGCAGAGGAGGCUGAACGUGAGGAGCGGAAACGACUCGAGUCCCAGCGCGAAGCUGAGUGGAAGAAGGAGGAGGAGCGGCUUCGCCUGGAGGAGGAGCAGAAGGAGGAGGAGGAGAGGAAGGCUCGCGAGGAGCAGGCCCAGCGGGAGCAUGAGGAGUACCUAAAACUGAAGGAGGCCUUUGUGGUGGAGGAGGAAGGCAUGGGAGAGACCAUGACUGAGGAACAGUCCCAGAGCUUCCUGACAGAGUUCAUCACCUACAUCAAGCAGUCCAAGGUUGUGCUCUUGGAAGACCUGGCUUCCCAGGUGGGCCUACGCACUCAGGACACCAUAAAUCGCAUCCAGGACCUGCUGGCUGAGGGGACUAUAACAGGUGUGAUUGACGACCGGGGCAAGUUCAUCUACAUAACCCCAGAGGAACUGGCCGCCGUGGCCAACUUCAUCCGACAGCGGGGCCGGGUGUCCAUCGCCGAGCUUGCCCAAGCCAGCAACUCCCUCAUCGCCUGGGGCCGGGAGACCCCUGCCCAAGCCCCAGCCUGACCCCAGUCCUUCCCUCUUGGACUCAGAGUUGGUGUGGCAUACCUGGCUAUACAUCUUCAUCCCUCCCCACCAUCCUGGGGAAGUGACAGAGUGUGGCCAGGCAGUUAUAGAUUAAAGACCUGUGAGUACUGCUGA